AUGAACAACUCUGGAAGCAGUUGUGGAAGCCCUAGUUCUGCAGAGAUAUCGAAUGACUUUAAGGAUCUUUGGACAAAACUAAAGGAGUGUCAUGAUAAAGAAGUACAAGGUUUACAAGUAAAAGUAACCAAACUGAAAAAGGAACGAAUUUUAGAUGCACAAAGACUUGAAGAAUUCUUCACCAAAAAUCAGCAGCUGAGAGAGCAACAGAAAGUUCUUCAUGAAACCAUUAAAGUUUUAGAAGAUCGAUUAAGAGCAGGAUUAUGUGAUCGCUGUGCAGUAACUGAAGAACAUAUGCGAAAAAAACAGCAAGAAUUUGAAAAUAUCCGGCAGCAGAAUCUUAAACUUAUCACAGAGCUUAUGAAUGAAAAGAAUACUCUACAGGAAGAAAAUAAAAAGCUUUCUGAACAACUGCAGCAGAAAAUUGAGAAUGAUCAACAGCAUCAAGCAGCUGAGCUUGAAUCUGAGGAAAAUGUUAUUCCAGAUUCACCGAUAACAGCCUUUUCAUUUUCUGGCAUUAAUCGGCUUCGAAGAAGAGAGAACCUCCAUGUCCGAUACAUAGAACAAACACAUACUAACCCGGAGCUCUCUGUGUGUACAAAUGAAUUGAGAAAAGUUCCAAAAUCUACAACUCAUCUACAACAUAAGCCUAAUGAAAAUGAAAAUGAAAUUCUAGUGGCUGACACUUGUGAUCAAAGUCAAUAUCCAGUGGCUAAAACACGUGGAACAAGCAGUUAUACCACUGAUAAGUCAUCUUUUAAUUUAGCUACAAUAGUUACCGAGACACUUGGACUUAGUGUUCCAGAAGAAUCCGAAUCUCACAGUCCCAUGAGUCCUCUUGGUGAUGAGCUCUACCACUCUCUGGAAGGAGAUCACAAGAAACAACCUUUAGAGGAAGCUACAAGAAAUAAUAAAGAUAGUUUAAGAUUUUCAGAUCCUAAUUCAAAGACUCCUCCUCAAGAAAAACUGACUACUCGAGCAUCAUCUCCUGUGUUUGGAGCUACCUCUAAUGUGAAAAGUAGUUUUGUUUUGAAUACAAGUUUGUCCCCUUCUCUUUUGGAGACUGGGAAAAAAUGCCAUCUGAAAACAGCACUUUUUAGCAGUACUUCCAAUUCUAGAUCAGAGAAAACUAGAUCAAAAUCUGAAGACAGUUCCCUUUUCACACAUCCUAAUUUUGGAUCCGAAGGGAACAAGAUUAUUAGCCAAUCUUCUGAUAAACAGAUGCUUAUAAAUAAAAAUGUAAGUGAAUCCAUAAGUGAACAGAAUAUUGAUCAUAUUAAAAAUGCUAUUACUGAUAAACAUGUGGUGGCCCAGAAAUCAUUGGGAUGCAAAACAUCCAAAAGGAAGAAAAUUGAGGAAGAAAGUGAAGAUGAAGUAAGCUGCCCCCAAACCUCUUUUGAUAAAGAAAAUGCUUUUCCUUUUCCACUGGAUGGUCAUUCUUCUGUAAAUGGAGACUAUGUGAUGGAUAAACCUCUGGAUCUCUCCGAUCGGUUUUCAGCUAUUCAGUGUCCAGAGAAGAGCCAAGGAAGUGAGACCUCUAAAGUCAGAUUUAGACAAGCGACUCUCUAUGAGGCUUUGAAGCCCAUUUCAAAGGGUUCUUCCUCCAGCCGAAAGGUUUCGAGUGGGAGCUUUGUGCCGGCCAAAGAUCCUCCAGAGGAGCCCCGCUUACAGGAGUGUGUCCUCCAGCCCCUGAUCAGAUCCUCUCCAGAUAACAAAACACCAUUACAAGUAAAAGAAGAAAAUCCUAUCUUUAAAAUCCCUCUACAUCCACGUGAAAGUUUGGAAACAGAGAAUCUCUUUGAUGAUGUGAAGGGUACUGGUUCUCAUGAACCAGUAAGAACAAAAACCAGGUCAGUUCCUGGAGCAUGUGAACUUGCAUCAGUUCUUCAGUUGAAUCCAUGUAGAAUCGCUAAAACAAAGCCUCUACAAAACAAUCAAGAUGUAUUCUUUGAAAAUAUCCAAUGGAGUAUAGAUCCAGGAGCAGACCUUUCUCAAUAUAAAAUGGAUAUUACUGUAAUAGAUACAAAGGAUGGCAGUCAAUCAAGAUUAGCAGGAGAGACAGUGGACACAGACUGUACGUUGGUCAGUGAAACUAUGCUUUCAAAGAUGAAGAAGCAAGAGCAGAGGGGAGAAAAAAGUCCAAGUAGAGAAAGAAAAAUGAAUGAUAGCUUGGAAGAUAUGUUUGAUCGGACAACACAUGAGGAAUAUGAGUCCUGUUUGGCAGAUAGCUACCCCCAAGUAGCAGAAGAGGAGGAAUUGUCAGCUACAACAAAGAAAACAAACACUCGUGGUGACAAACAAGAUAAAGUCACACAGAAAGCAUUUGUGGAGCCAUAUUUUAAAGAUGAUGAAAGAGAGACUACCUUACAAAAUUUUCCUCAUAUUGAAGUGGUUCGGAAAAAAGAAGAGAGAAGAAAAUUGCAUGGACACACAUGUAAGGAAUGUGAAAUUUAUUAUGCAGACAUUCCAGCAGAAGAAAGAGAAAAGAAGUUGGCUUCCUGUUCAAGACACCGAUUUCGCUACAUUCCACCCAACACACCAGAGAAUUUCUGGGAAGUUGGUUUUCCUUCCACUCAGACUUGUAUGGAAAGAGGUUAUAUUAAGGAAGAUCUUGAUCCUUUUCCUCGUCCAAAAAGACGGCAGCCCUAUAAUGCAAUCUUUUCUUCGAAAGGCAAAGAGCAGAAGACAUAG